CCCCUCGCGAGCAGGUCGCUCCGUGCGCGCCGCACCGCCCGCAUCGAACCGCGUGAACGUCGUACUGUGUCUGUGUGUGUGUGUCCGUUCCCGCGCGCGCCAGUGUGUGCAGUGCGAGUGUUGUGUGCAGUGACAAAAACCUCCCCGAUUAGGAUUACAGUGUUGGAUGGAUUAGCACGCCUGCACCCACAGUGGUCGGCAGUAGCUAGGCAGUAGCUAGGCAGUAGCUGGCCAGCUAGGCAUGCCCGUCGCGCCGCUCUGCCAUGGGGGCCUCUCACUCGCAGGCCCACCAGCUGGCCCCUCAGCACUCCCCUGGGCCGCCGGGGGGCCCUCGGCCCCACUGGGCGCACUCCUUCCCGCGCGACCUGCGGCGCUCCGCCAGCAGUGGCGAUGCAGGCCCUGGCGCCGGCCAUGGCGGUGCCGCGCUGGGCCGCCCGCUGCCCGAGCACUGCAAGGUGCUGCCCGUGCCGCUGGGGCCCAGCACCCGGCUGCACCGCACCCAGAACGGUGACAUCCUGCACUCCGGGGGCACCAUCAGCGGCCGCAGGCAGGCCGCUGACGACUUUAAGGACGGCCACGGCCCGGGCCCCGCCAACGGCCUGUACCGCGCGCGCAGCCAGUCGCACCACCGCGAGCGCGAGCGCGACCGGCGGCACGGCGGUGGCUACGGCCCACGCGGCGGCUACGGCGGCGGCGGCUACACCAGCGGCGGCGAGGGCGGCAGCGCGCACGGCCUGCAGCGCGGCGGUCUCAACCAGUACGGCAGCGAGCCCGACCUGCGCCUGCCCAAGGACAUGAGGGCGCCGGCGUCCAGGGACAGGAGCGGCCACCACCGGGACCUGCGCGACGACUCGCCCGCCAAGCUGCGGAUCAGCAGGUCCAGGAAGAAGUACAAGGCCCCGCCGCCGCCGCCCGGCACCGUGGGGGUGGACAGCUCGUCGCCGGACUCGUACCAGUGGGAGCGCGUGGCGCACGGCGACGGCGGCGACCCCAGGGACCACCGCGACGCCAGGAUGCCGGCGAGGAGGAACCGCCUGUUCAAGACCCGCGCCGAGACCAAGCGCACCACCAACCAGAACGCGGCGCCGGCCGGCGCGGGCCCGCCCAUGGGGUCGCUGCCGCUGGCGCUGCCGCACCGGGGCCGGAGCAGAGAGUCCCCGACGGCCUCGCCGACGACGCGGAGGAGGCACCCCGGCAACCCGCCCACGCUGCAGCGCAGCAUGUCCACGCCGGAGUUCCAGGCCGAGCUCCUCGAGGUGGCGCGCAAGCUGCGCACCAACCUGCAGCCCGGCGCGGUCCGCGACGUCCGCGACGUCCGCGACGUCCGCGAGCGCGAGGGCCCCGUCGGCGAGGACCACUCGGACCCCAUCAAGCCCACCAGCAGGCACCUGCCCGUCGUCCGGGGCAAGUCCGCCGACGCCAUCCUGAGGGCGGGAGGCCGCGGGCGGGCGAGGUCCGAGGACAGCAACCGCCGCGGCGAGGGCUCCGGCAGGGAGUCCACCCCCGAGCCCGUCAACUCGAAGCACUCCGACGACCGCGAUGGCGUGUCCAGGUCGCGGCCGCACCGCGCCGCCAACAAGCACUGGGAGAUUCUGCCGAGCCCCAAGACGAGCGGCGGCGCCCAGGAACGGAGAGAGGUCCCCGCCAGGACCUUCUACUUCGGCAUGUCCGAGGCCUGCGACGAGGGCGUGGGUUCGACUCCCGGCAGCGGCGGGCCCCGCGAGCGUGAACGGGACCGUGACCGGCGCACCGCCGAGGUGGAGCGGUUCGCCGCCGAGAUCCGGAGAGUGCCGUCCACCGUGCCGACCAACAACACCACCUCGGGCUCGGCCAGCAUGUCCAGCGAGGCGGAGCGGGAGGAGGAGAACGUGGGCGGCAUCGCGCUGCAGCUGCGGCCCACGCUGCCCAAGAAGCGCCUCGAGAUCCCCCGCUUCUCGCCGACGGCGGCCUGGCGCCUGCUGUCGGCCCUGGACAACCCCCAGGGCCUGCCCGGCCUGCCCAGCGCCUACCCCGCGCACGACGCCGGCGCCGCCAACGGCCUCCAGGACGGCGACGACGCCGAGCCCGGCGACGAGCUGGAGGAGCGGAUCCACCGGCUGGCCCGGCCCACCGCGCCGCUGCCCGCCGUCGGCCACCAGGCCCACCAGGGCGGCGUGGGGGGCUUCGGCAUCCCCAUCGGCGUGGGCAUCGGCAGUCACGACAAGUCGGGCGACUCGGGCAUCUCCGGGGACGCGAGCCCCAUCGGCGGCAACGAGGACUCGUCCGAGGCGCCCUGCCUGCAGGGCCUCCAGGACCUGCAGGCGCUGCCCAGGAAGGCGGGGCCCACGCCCAAGUCGCUGGUGGUGGCGUGGACGCCGCAGCAGGACCUGGAGGGCGACGAGGAGUCCAGCUCGGACGGCGACCUGGAGUCGCCCGUGUCCCCGCACAACAGCCGCCUUGGCCUGGGGCUCGGGCUGGGGCUGGGCGCGCACCGCGCCGCGGCCCACGGCCCCGCCAAGUUCUCGCCGCGGUCGCAGUUGUUCUCGCUGUCACUGCCGCGCGACAACCAGCUGUCUCAGUACACGGCCGCCUUCGACGGCAACAAGAGCUGGAGCGCGCUGACGCCGCCGGACGAGCCUGCCGUGUCGUUCCACAGCCUGCGCAACGUCCGCCGCUCGCUGGGCAUCGGGGGGCGGCGGGAGGCGGCGGGGGCGGCCGACGACGUGGACGCCGGCGGCUCCGGGGGCGGCCGGCCGCUGGACGGCAACUGGCUGCUGAGCCGCAGCGUCCCCAGCUCGCUCAACCUGCAGGCCCCCGAGGCCUGGAGGCACUCCACGGGCAGCCCCUCGGGGUCGCCGUCGAGCCCCGACCGCGAGCGCGAGCCGGACGACGGCCUGUUCCGCGACGUGCUCAAGCAGCCCAGCUUCUCCUACCUGGCGACGGGCGGCCAUGUCAUGUACCUGCCGGACUUCACCAACAACAAGCGGUACAACGACAGCAGGGAGCGGUCGCGCAGCGCUGAGAUGAGCCGCAGUCGCGAGCGGGAGCGCGACCGGAACCGCCACCAGGACGCCGUCACCACCAACCUGCUGAACGGGCACCGCGGCGCCCCCUACCCCAGCGGGUACCCCAGCGGGGCCACGGGCCGCGAGAUGCGCGAGCUGGGCGGCAGCGCGCCGCCGUCGCCGUCGCAGUCGCCGUCGCCGCAGCAGCAGCAGCAGCAGCAGCAGCAGAGGGAGCGCUACCAGACGGACGUCCGGAAGGCACUGGACCGGAAACUGCGGCCCAAGAGGUUCACCUUCCAGAGCACGCUGCGCCAGAUAGAGCGGCGGCGCAUCGCCGAGAAGCUGUCCAGGGACGCGGAGCUCAAAGAGCAACAGCGGCUCAGCGAGCUGGAGGCGAUGCGGCGCGUGGAGGAGGAGUUCCAGCGCAAGCGCGCGCGGGAGAAGGCCAACAUCCGGCACCAGCUGCGCCUCUUCAACCUGGAGGAGCACACGGACGCCGCCAGCGCGGCCAGCGCCAUGGGCCCGUACAGCUCGCUGCCGGUGGACUGGCGCGACCGCGAGCACCGCGAGGACGUGACGCUGGGGGCGGCGCAGCGGCACCGCGCCGAGCCCGACGGCGCCCCGGCCCCCUCGUCGCCGUCCUCCGGCAAGCUGGCCGCCGACCUCAAGGCCACCGCCGGCACCGGCACCCCCGGCACGCAGGUGCUGAGCGAGUACCGCCAGAACCAGCGCGAGUACCGCGACUACCGCCCGUCCAGUUGCAGGAUACUGGACACGAGUGACUCGAUGCACAGCGGGAGUGACUUGAACGGGGUGAAGAGGGCGACUGUUCAUCCCGAAGCUGUUUUCGACAUUCCCAAGAACACACCCGUCUACGUCGCAAACCAUCACCACAAUUCAACCCCUGUGUCGAUUCUUGUCGAGUCGGAGCGAGGUGUGUCGACCCCGAGAUCCUCAUCCUCUGACAACUAUCGACGAGACUUUGCUCACGGCACGGUGCCCCUCGGGGGGCGCUCUUUGGCGAGCUCGGACUCGGAGCUGUCGCAGCCCAACACCAGGCCCACGUCCCGGCAGGGCCCGGGCGGCCCGGGCUACUACAGGCCCUUGCCCCACCUGCAGAGGAGCAGGUCCGCCAGUCCACAAGGCAACCACAGCAGCUGUGGUUACAGCCCUCCCCUCAGCCGUCAAGGAAGUCUCCGAUCCAGUUCAGUACCCAGAUCCAGUCCGCAGGCAACUGAAGAAGAUAGUCAGAGACCAGACACACCACAAGACAAACAGCAGAGCGUUUUGGAUCAACUAAAUAAAAAAAGACAGCGAAGCCCAGAACGAAGUCCAACACACAGUCCACCACUCAGCCGCAGCACAUCACCAGUUCAGAACCCUGAUUCUGCUGCCAGGGAUGCUUACAUAGAGUCAUCCAUUAAACUAGAAGAAAAGCCCCUCGAAAUCGACAUGGUGGAAUCCAAUAGUCCACUUGAUGGUGCUACAAAAGUCGAAGUCACCACUACCACAUUCCUGGGUCUCCAACCCUUUGGGAUGAACAAAAACAAGGGCUACCGUCCAAUUAGUUUUAAUCCUCCAAACAGCAAACUUGCUCAACCUGUCAACUAAUUAUCAGCUUUGUAGCUCACCCUGUAAAAUAUUGAAAAUUUAAUCCCCAAGCCGAAAGGUGCUAAGCGCAACACUGGUGGAGUUUUAUCUUAAUUUUGAGGGUUGCUGGGGUUGGCUGAAAAACUUUUUUAAUCUAAGAAGGGAGCUGCAAUAGUUAAUUAAGUUGUUUUUUAUGCUUUUCAGAAUUGGGAAAGUGGAAAAUGUCUCAUGAUCCAAAGUGAACUGUAAUUCUUUUGUUCAUUAUUUCCUUCACUUUUGCUCCUAAUGUACUAACAGUCUUAAACAAUCAUUUGGCCAUCAAGAGACCCUCUCACUGUGCAGUACAUCUUUGUACCUGAUCAACAAAUGUUAUUUGUUUUUUGUCUGUUUUAUUUUCUUUCUGUUGACUUGUUUUCUGUUCUUUGAAAUUUUUUAUUUGAUCUUGUUGAUUUUGUUCAGAAUGUUUAUGGAGUUUGAGAUUGUAUCUUUGGCAAGCACAAACACUUAUUCAUGAAUUUCAUGUUUGUGAGAGACACAUAUUUUUAUUUAUUUAAUUAGUGUUUGUCUACGAGAAGUAUGAGUAGUAUGUGUGGUGUUCUUUGUGUCUUGGCAUUCUCUUCAAGAGAAUGUUCUUGUGGUAUGGUCAUUAAGACAAAAUUUGGUGCCAUUUUAAUAGGUUAAAUGAGAGAAUGUACCACUUGUAUUAAAAAAUUGAAUGGGUGAUCACAGCAUAUAUUGUGUGACAUUAAAACGAAUGGGAUUUGACGCACAACAAAAACAGACCAAAAGUAGAUUGUUUAUAGAAUAAUUUACUGUUUGAAACGAAAAUAGAAUGCCUUGAUUGUCUUCAUGCCUGCUGGAAAGCACACAUACCUGAAAACCACCAUACUAGAUGGAGCAGUGCCCAGAAAUAAGUAAAAUGAGGUAUUUGCUAUCAGUUGAUUCAGAAAACUGAAUUUAAAAAUCCACUUGGUGUGUUUGAAUUACCUAUCAGAAUCCUCCUCAGAAGAUUAGUGCUCCCAUGAUGCUCUUGCUCGAAUCCUGUAUGUAUUAUGUAUGCAUGAUUGUAAGUAUGCUUUUUGUAAGUAAUGUAUGUACAUGUACCUACAGAGUUAAGGUAUAUACCUAAAGAUUGUAAUUAAAAACUGCUCAAUUAAUUUGUAUUCGACUGUAGAAAUUUGAAUGUUGUAUUUAUGUACAGUUUGGGCCCCUAGAAUUUUGUAAACUUUGUAUGUUGUUUGGUGUAUACUAUUUUACCUCAUAUUAAAUAAAUUCUUUUAUGUUUCAAAAAUUUAA